AUGGAGACCUCUGCGCCCGUCCCCGCGGUCAACCACACCUCAGUGCUGGAGUUCCUGCUUCUGGGGGUCACAGACAAGCGCGGGCUCCAACUCCUCCUCUUUGGGGUCCUCCUGGUCACCUACACGCUGACCUUGCUGGGCAAUCUGCUCAUAGUCGCCCUCACCUUGACGGACCGCCGCCUGCACACCCCUAUGUACUUCUUCCUGCGCCACUUCUCGCUGCUGGAGGUGGGUUUCACAUCCACUGUGUCCCCGCAGAUGCUGGCACACCUAAUGUCGGCACGCGGGGCCAUCUCCCGCCACCGCUGCUUCGCACAGAUGAUUCUCUACUUCACCCUGGGAGCCGUGGAGACCCUGCUGCUGGCAGUGAUGUCCACCGACCGCUUUCUGGCCAUCUGCAGGCCCCUGCGCUACCCCGCGCUCAUGACGCCCCGCGUCUGCUCUUCCCUGGUACUGGCCUGCUGGGCUGCCAGCCUCUUGGCCCUUCCUGGGCUGUUUGCCUGGAUGUUGUCUCUCCCUUUUUGUGGGCCUCGAGUCCUCAAUCACUUCUUCUGUGACAGCUCCCCUUUGCUGGAGCUGGUGUGUGCAGACACCAGGCUUCUGCAGCUAGUGGCCUUCCUGGUGGCUGUGUGCACCCUGCUCACUGCUACCUUGAUCACAGCCUUGUCCUAUGGCUUCAUCAUCAGCACCAUCCUGCGCCUGCCAGCAGCUGGGGCUCGCAGCAAGGCCUUCUCCACCUGUUCUUCCCACAUCCUCGUGGUGACGAUGAGCUAUGGGAGCUGCAUCAUCAUGUACCUCAACCCCACACAGACAGGGAGGCUGGACCUCAACAAAGGGAUAGCUUUCUUCAACACCACGGUGUCGCCCCUGCUGAAUCCCUUCAUCUAUUGCCUCAGGAACCAACUGGUCCACAGCGUGUGCAGGGAUUUGCUGCUCAGGGGAAGGGAGCUUUCCUCCAAGAUAUUCAGAGCAUAA